GUUGAUUGUUGAAUGUUGAGUUACAUUAGGUCAUUAUCAUUAGAUGCAUUUAUGAUUUUUCGUAUGUAAUUUGUGUAUUUUUGAACCAAACGGAAAUGCAAAUAUAAAAUCUGUGAAAAAAUACAAAACUGCUCGAUUUGCCGGACAAAAAACGUGCUAAAUCAGUUUAUACGUUUGGUUAGAGUGGCAGUAAUAACUUUAUAUAAAUGAACAUCUAUACCUAUUUUGUGCUACAAAUAAAAUUAUUUAUGUGCUUCUAAUUUGUUCUUACAGAAAAUCUGAAUUAUUCAUGACGACACUCUUUUAUGGAUACAUUACCAUCUUUGAACAAUAUAUUUGAAUUGUUAUACAAGUAGAUUGUGGAUAUUAAUUUGUGUGAAAACAAUUAAAAAUGGAAAAUUCCAGUGAUAAGGAGAGUGUAGAAUUAAUACAAAUAGAUAUAGUAGAAAAUUCAAAAGAAGAUCAACCUCCAAAGACAGCGAAAGACCUAUUUUCUGUAUUUAAAGUUUCAGACGAUUCUGACUAUGAACCAGAUGAAAAUAAUAGAAGUGAUACAGAUUCAGAUGAACCACUUUCGAAAAGAAUGAAAAUAAAAACUAAAAAACAAGCUGUUGUAGGAGAAAAGGCUAAAGAGCCUGAGUCUGCUGAUGGAUCAUUAAAGAAAAAGAAAUAUUAUUCACAAAAGUAUAAAAAAGAGUGGGAAGCAAUUCCUUCCGUAAAACCUUGGAUAUCCGAGAGUAUUCAUGGACCACAUUAUUUUUAUUGUAGGUUCUGCAAAAAAGACUAUAAAUGUGGGAAAACAGAAAUAUUUAAGCAUAUGAGUGCUAUGAAACAUAGAAGACAUUUAACAACUACAACAUCGGGCGUACAGCAGAAAUUUUCUUUUCGGGGAUUACUAUGUCCUGCAGUUACUCCGUUCCAAAGAUCAAGGGCAAAAGAUAUAAAUUAUAAAUUAAUUGGCCCAUAUGCAAAAUUUUUAAAAGCUUGUGGUGUUAAAGGAAUAUUACUCAAUGAUGUAAUGGGAGAAGGUGUAUCUCUUACUCCAGAAGAAAGAAAGUCACUGACAGAAUAUUGGGUUGAAAUUUGUAAAGAAAAAAAUCAGUUUUUAAUGGUGCAAAUUGGAGGAGCCCCUUUAAAAAGUGUUAUUGAUAUGGCAAUUCAUGCUGAAAAAGUAAAAGUCGGAGCAAUUGUACUGAUGCCAGAUCUGUAUAAUAGACCAAAAAAUCAUUUGGAUCUUAUUAGAUAUAUUAAAAUUGUGUCAGAUUAUACAGAAAAAGUGCCUAUUUUAUAUCACCACUAUCCGAAGUAUACACAGAUUAAUAUUGAUAUGAGCUCAUUUUUGCUUGAUAUAACAGGAGAAAUAGACUCUUUUGUUGGAUUGAUAUAUAGCACGAAUGAUUUGCAAGAAAGUUUAUCUGCAUUGACUCUUAAUCCAGAAAAAUUUGUCGUAUUCAUGGGUACGGAUGAGGUCAUGUUAGGUGCUGUUGCAAGUGGGUUUACUUGCAUAAUGGGUAAUAGUAUCAAUAUUUUGCCAAAAUUAGCAGAGUCCAUUUGCCAGUGCAUAAAAGAUGGCGAAAUUAAAAGUGCUCAAGCUUCUCAAAAUCUAUUGAAAAAAGCUUUGGAUAACAUCUACUGUAACGGAGAUGCUGUAGCAACAAUGAAGGCAGCUAUAAGUAUCAUAACAAAUUUGCCAAUAGAAACGGUUCGAGAGCCACUGCAGACUGUCUGGGAAGGAACUUUGUCAAAAAUGAGAAAUAAGCUACGUGAAAUAGGAAUAAUAUAAAAAGUACCAUUAAAAUUGAUUUAUGUAGUUUUGCUUUCUAAAGUCCUGCUUAGGGCACAAAACGACUGAAUGAAUGUUCUCUUUCCAACUAAGUAUUUGAGAGGAAUAUUAAGAAAACACAUGAAUCUGUGGUCAUUAUAUAAUUUUGCAGGUACAGUGAUAACUUGUAUAUACUAGAUAGUGAAUAAAAAUGAGAUGGUUAUCCAGUAGAGAAAUCUAUGCAGUACUGAAUUUUACUUGUGGACACACAUAUUAAGAAGGUUUAUCAGGUACGAAGGUACGUCUAAAGUCUAACGAAAGUUUCUGUAGAUUCGCUAGUGACUAAAGAAGUAAACCUUUAGAUUUGGCAACAUUGCACUUGGCUGACGCGUUCGGCUCGGCUUUCGCUCGCUCCCGUUCGAUCAUUCUAUUUGUUUGGACACCUGCGAAUUUCAAAUAAUAUGCUACGUCGAGAUCGCGGCGUUGCCGCUAUCACGCUAUGGAGGAUAAGUUAGUUAACGACAGCAGUUUAAAGGAGAAUUAUUACAAAAUUAUGUAUCUUACAAGUACCUAAUCGAUUUACACAAGCUGUCAUACGGUUCCUUAGAUAUCGGUUUCCUAUUUAUACAAGUUGCUGUAGAAACUAUUCGUCAAUUGUUGCACAUUCUAAGUGGGAAGACCAAGAAAAUCUGCAUUUUCUUAAGACUGUACUAAAUCGUGAAAAAUUAUUUUAUUAAUAUCUUGUCUCUUAGGUAUCCAAACUAGUCAUAAUUUUUUUUUU